UUGUUUCUUUCGAAUUGUAUGGGCUGUAGAAUUUUGAUCCUGGUGGUCAUGUGAUUUUGAUCAGCCUAGUUAGCUAACUGAUAAAAGUCAACAUUUCAUUCUGUAGUAGGUACAUUUUGUCGACUUUGCACAAUAAGAGUUAGACUAUAACUUAUAAUAAUGCUGUUGGUGUUAUCUGACGAACAUAAGGAGCACCUGGGGUUUCUGCCAGAGGUGGACUCUGCGGUGGUUGGUGAAUUUGGACGAAUAGCGGUUGAGUUCCUGCGAAAGGGAACAAACCCUAAGAUCUAUGAGGGUGCUGCCAGGAAGCUGAGUGUUGACGCAGAGACCGUACAGCAUGGUGUGGAGGGACUCAUGUACCUGCUCACCGAGAGCUCCAAACUCAUGAUCUCUGAGGUGGACUUUCAGGACUCAGUGCUGGUGCUGGGCUUCACCGAGGAGCUGAACCACCUGCUGCAGCAGCUCUACCUGGAAAACAGGAAGGAGAUCCGACACAUCCUGGGUGAACUCACCCCCUCACUGCCACACUACCACAACCUGGAGUGGAGGCUGGACGUUCAGCUGGCUAGUCGUGCCCUCCGGCAGCAGAUUAAGCCUACAGUGACUAUGAAGCUGCACCUGGAGGAGAGUGGAGGUGAUAAGAGCGCUAAGGUACUACAGACUGACCCUGCCACCCUGAUGCACCUCAUCCAGGAGCUGGAGAAAGCCCUAGCUGAGCUCAAGACCACACAUUGCCGCAGGAUCCUACGCAACAUCAAAUAGGGACCUCCGACUGACACAACUAUUGUCCGUUAUUGAACUGGGACAUCACUGAUCUGGACGCGUGCAACAUCAAAUCCUUUGGACACGGAUUCCUGUGCAACAUCAAACAGGGUUCUAUUCCUUGACCCCGGAACCCUAUGUAAGAGCAAAUAGGGUCCCCCCUGACAUGAAAUUAUUUCUCACUUUGAAUUGAGCUCUGCCAGCAGAGGGCGCUACAGCUUACCCUGCAUCAGGAAUAGCAGGGAUAGGAGAUGGGCCACUAUCACAUAGGAUAAAACUUUGUUGCCUGAAGUGCUUAUGUCUCCUUGUCUCCUUUUUAACUUUCUGUUUGGAUUAAGACCCGUAGCCACAGAGUGUCUUGGAGUAGGAGGGCUGAUCUAGGAUCAGUUUAGCCUUUUAGAUCAUAAUGAAUCAGAUUUAUAUGGACAGAUCCUAGAUCAGCUCUCCUACUUUGAGACGCUUUGUGGACACAGGCCCUGGGAGAGCUGAUCAGGAAAAGUGAAAUAAAAAUGGCAGAGGCCACCUGGGGUAUGCUAUCACCUGUGCAGUUUUAUUCCGAUCGGGGAGGGAGAUGAUAAUGUUGAAUGUUGAGGUUACUGAUUGAUAUUUUCUAACCUUGUGGAAACACAGCACUUGGCAAAAGCCCUCAGUCGUUAAUCAUGCAGUGCUUUUGCAUUCAAUUUCUUUGAUCAUUGAAUUUGUUCACCUUCACAUGUAAAAGUGUUAAUUGUAUUUUAUAUCACGUUUUUUUGUGCUAACAUUUUUUUUUGGGGGGGGUAGUCUUGAUUCUUUUCACGGACCAAUUGACCCUUUGCUAAGCCCUGCCCCAGAAUGUUGGGCAACCAAUCGCAUCACUCAACUGGAUAGCAACUGUCAUCAUGUCCGACUCGGACAAGCUCCGGUUUAAAUCACAUGAAAUCCAGUGAGGACUAUGGGAAAAAACAAACAGUUUUCUUUAAAAAACAACAUUUUGCCAAAAUGGCUAAAUAACUGAACAGUGCAGCAGGAGUACUUGAUACUGUGAUUCCUGAAAGAGCCUGUUGAUGGAGUGUUUUUCAAAUCUGAAAUUAUACUAAUACCAUUGCUAGUUCAGCUGGGUAGCAAACUCUGUCUCAUUGGUCACCAAAAUGUAGCUGACGCUAGCUAGCCACUUAAUAUAACUUGUUUUCUCAAUGUAUGUUAGCUAGCCAAGUUAGCAAUGUUAUGAAUACAACUCCUAUCUGGUCUCGACAUCAGGAUAUGAUUUGAAAGCGCUAGUUGGCUCCAAAGGGGGUUAUAGUUUUGACUGCAUGUUGACAGUGAAUUCAAAGCCUUUCAGUGGCUAGCUGCACCACUAGCAUAAUUUUAUCAGGUUCUCAGGAAACAAUUGUAAUGACAGUCCCACUACAACAUACCCAAGAGUUUCCUGAUUAGCAAAUGUUUAUUUUCAUUAUGUAUUAGAAAACACAGUUUGAGAUCAUUGUGAGGGGAUGUCGUCAGUGGUUGAAUGGGGAAUUGGACGGCACUGGAAAAUGUUUUCCGAUGUUGCAACAGUAACCAAGGAGGGGGCGGGCAUAGAGAAGGGUCAAUUAUGGAGGACGGUGAGAGAACACUGCACUGUAUAAUGUAGAGGAUUCAGAAUGUGUUCUUUCUGUUAUACAUCAAGUGUUAAUUUUUUGUUUUACUUCUGCAUGUCUGACUAAUGUAUUCUUCUAGGAUUUCUGAUGAUUUUUGAGUGGCUGAAUGUUACUUUGAAUUUUAUAAAGCAAAGAAGUUAAAAGGUU